ACUCGCUUUGUUGUCGGAAGAUGGCGCGCACUUUGUCAUGUGUUAGCUUGAUGUUCUAAUUGCAUGCAUCCGUGCAGAUAAGAGCAGAUUUUAGAAUCUAGACUUACCAGAAUAAGUUUUUUAUCAUAACAUUGUAGUUGGUCUUUGCUUUCUAAAAUUGGUUAGUGUUAAGUGGAAACAGUAAUUAAGAGAAUACCUGUCAUUGUCCAGGAAACUUUGGAUACAGUUUACCAUGAGUGAUCUUUCCAGUUUACAAGAGUCAUAUUUAGCUGGCCUUCGUACAGGCCAGAGAAAAGGUGUAAUGGAUAACAGCAUUCGUCCAGGCCUUGGUUCCAGACAAAGCCAGAAAGGUAAGGAGUACUGGGCUGAUGACAGCAAAGACAAAUUGCGACCAUCAAGUUUUCCACUGACCACCAAAACCAUGGUACUCUCUCUCAUCUUUUGGUGUGUUCUGAUAUACUUGCUCUAUCAAAGCUUUGGCUAUGCAUUUAUGGCUCUUCGCAUCAUGACAGAUGAGGAAGAUCUAAGUGAGGGGCCCUGUAGAGACCAGUUUAGUGUGGACCCUCAGGAGAACCUUAAGCAUGUGGCUAAUUAUCCCAAGGGAGAUGCAGGUCCAUACCUGUUGAGGCUGCAGUCUGCGCAUGAAUCUACCAAAAAUUUGCCUGCUAAAAAACUGUGCCCUUUAGUCACAGCUGUUUGGUCCUCUCAGUUCUAUCAGGUGCAGGGCCUGGUGCAACAUAUAACUGACCUGAGAACAGAGCAUUUGGAUAUUACUUUUAUUGUAUAUGACUUAGGACUGUACAGGCGGGAAAGAGAAAUUAUAAAGAAGUAUUGUAACUGUGAUCUGCGCACUAUUGACUACUCCGCCUACCCAGACCAUGUGGCAGACACACAGAACUAUGCUUGGAGACCUAUUAUUCUGCAGGAACUGCUUGAGGAAUUUGGAGCUGUAAUAUUUUUGGAGCCUACAACUCGCUUCAAAACCAGAAAUUCAUUAGGUCGUCUGCUUUCUCAAGGAGAGAAUGAUUACUUGAUAUGGGACACCCCAUCUUUCACUUCAGUUGUGGCCUACACUAACAAGCUGACCUUCACCUUCUUGAAUGAGAGUCGAUGUGCCUUUAAAGAAGCUGGUCUACUGGAUUCCCAGCUGCUGGUGCUGUACAGAACAAAUGUAACAUGGGACACAAUCAUGAAACCAUGGCUUAAGUGUGCACUAAACCUUGAGUGCAUUGCACCAAAGUGGUCACGCAUUGAUGGCUGUCUUGACAUUCGAAGGCCCAAAACAACAGGCUGCCACAGAUAUGAUAUCUCUGUCCUCAGCAUUUUGAUGAACCGCGGCCUGCGCUAUACCACUCUAGAGAGGCGUCAUGUGCCUCCACGCCUUGUUUACAGAGAAGAUGAAGAAAUUGAAGUCUUUCUUGAACAGCCUUGGACAUAUCUGCAGCUAUGUUUUCUAGCUGCCAUUCCAGUCUUCUGUUUUGUUUUGUUCAGGACUUCAAUUCUCAGAAAGAGCUUAGGUAUGAGAUAAUUCUUAGAAUAUUAGGUACUGUUCACCUUUGGUUGCAAAUUAAACUGUAGAAGAAAUGAUCUUAUAAUUCCAUGAAUGCAACUCAACUCAUGGAAAAAGGAACAAAAGUUUGGAAAUAAGACUUGGGGUAGAUGUGCUUACUGAUUAUGACACAUGCACAAUAUAGCGGAUUAUGUUUCUGUGCAUUUUGCAGUAAAGCAAGUAUAAAGUAAAUACAAGAUACCACACAAAGGAUUACAUCUAGGGUGCUUCUGUUUAUCAUUUGCUCAUAAAUAGUGUGCAGAUUGCAAGAUUGGACUUUUCCAUAAGCUGUCAUUGUACUAGAUCUCAAAAUGUUCACACUGCUGUCAUGAGUUAUAAAAGCUUAAUUCUUGAUGAUUUUAUGUUUUUUAAACUGAAAUUUUUAACUUAAGAUUAUUAACACAUAGUUGAAAAGAAUUUGGAAAAAAUAUGAUACAAGAAUAAUGUGAUUAUGUUUUAAUUUAGUGAGACUGGUUUCUUCCAAAAAAGUCAAACACAUGUAAUAGAUGAUUAGAGGAAGAGCAAAAACUGAACUUAUUAGCUUGCACACAAAUUAACAAGAAUUGUAAGGCAUAUACUAUACUAUACAUUGCUUUUUAAGUUUGUUUACUCGUUUUAAUUAAUGUCACUGUUAUUUACUAUACUUCAGAAUCUCAGAAUUGCAUACACACAGAAUAAAUUCUACAUGACCUGUAGAAUCAGUCGGAGACGUUUGCACUUAAUUUUAUUCAAAAGAUUUGUUGCAGUGCUUUCUGUAAAUAUUUGUCAUUGUUAAGCCUGCUACUCUAUGACAUGUUCUCUCAUGCCAUAGCAGAAUAGAUACUGAUGAAGUAAUAAAUGCUGUCACAUAUAUGCACCAAAUCCUUUUUGAAGAUACUUGACACUAAAACUACAGCCUAAAGCGGCAAGAUGUUUUUCUGCAUUUCAGCAAUGUUUACAAGGCUUAAUUCUUUAUUAUGAUGUCCCGAUUUUUAUAUACACAUUUAUUCUACCCUUAUUGUUUGUAAAAAUUUGAUAAUAAAAUAUGGUCUGGCACCCUCAUGAAAUAUAAGUAUAUAUAUAUCAAAGCCCAGGUUGUGAUUAUAUUUUUGGCACUCAUGCUGAUGAUUCUUUGCCAGUGCUCCAAGACUUUGUACCAGCUGCCAGCACCAAAAGCAAGCAUUCUAAACAUGCUGACAAAUAUUAUUCAUAAUGUUGCUAUUUUUCAGGAAGGACAUGACUAUUUGACUAUCACAUUAAUAUGUCUUCCUGCCUCUACUGUUUCAAAAUUUCGUUGUUCAUGGCAUGGCAUUUUACAAAAGUGUAAUGAUCAUCUCAUAGCAAUUAUUUCUUGUUUUACUCACUGGACUCAGGCAUCAUUUAUCAUUUUGAUUACUACUACAAUACAUGGAGUGUAAAAAGGUUAAGUGACGACUAUAUAUAGAUGUGUGUGUUAGUGUGGAUUUCGUGCGUGAGAAUUUUGGGAACUAUACUGAAGUAACAUUGGUUUAUAACUUUAUGUAGACUGAACGACAGAUCGAGAAGUUGAGUUGUCUAUGACAUUGAUAUGCGAUUUUUGGUUGGCAAUUAUUUACACGUAUUGAUAUGUGUUACGUAAAUGUUGUUGCUCUGCCUUCACAUAAAUACAAGCAUAAUACAGAAGUGUAAGCCCA